UGAAAAAUAAUAACAAGAUAUAACAAAUUGUGAUGGUGAUGUUGAAGAGAGACGAGAAGUUGUGAUCUCCUUGUUCCUAUAUCCACCAAAUAAUUCUCCUGAAGGAUUUGAAUUAGGAACCCUAACAUGCGCCCUAAUUGUUGCCACGUUUCCCUUGCUUUCGUUCUUAAGUUCCUGAAUUUCCUUCAAGCCUUUGUUGGGGUUUCAAUUCUGCUCUAUUCCGUAUGGAUGCUCAAUCAAUGGGACCAUCGUGUCCCUCAACCACCUCUUCCUCAUAUUUCUCUCCCUCGCAUCGUCUCUGCCAUCAAUGUCAAUUCUCUCAACCUCCCUGCUCCUUGGUUCAUCUAUGCUUUCAUGGGUGUGGGGAUAUUGAUGUGCUGCAUUACUUUCUUGGGUUGCAUUGCAGCUGAAAUGAUAAAUGGUUUCUGCUUGUGUUUUUACACUCUAAUCAUCACCGUACUCGUUCUAGCGGAGGCUGCCCUGGUGGGAUUCAUUGCAAUUGAUCAUCAUUGGCGAGAGGAUAUUCCAGUUGAUCCGACUGGUCAACUUGAGAGCCUUCAAUCUUUCAUUGAAGAAAACCAAGAUAUAUGUAGAUGGGUUGGAAUUUCUGUGCUUGUAAUUCAGGCGUUGUCUUUGUUACUGGCAUUAAUUUUACGAGCCACAAUUUCUACUCGGAGAGCUGAUUUUGAUUAUGAGGAUGAAUAUGAUGUUAGGGGUAGAAGUUGGGAGCCCCUACUAAAUCCUCAAUCUGGCCAACCUUCUGGGUCGGGCAAAGUUGAUAACCGAGGAAACCACUCUGACAUUUGGAGCUCACGGAUGAGAGAGAAGUACGGAUUGAACAAUGGUGAUAAGCAAAGCCACCAAGUAUGAAUUCCUUACAAUGAUCGCUACUAGCCGUCAAGCAAUUCAGUGUAGUGUUGACAACUUGACAUCUGAGUACAUAUGUACAUCUUUUGUUUUAUUUUAUUUCAUUUGUUAUUCUGAGAAAUUUGUAAUGUGUCGGUGUGUCCUAUGUAGUCAUGAUAUCAUGUAUUUUAAACUCGAUUUCUAAUUGGAAAAAUGAAGGGUUUUGUUUCACCUAAAUAAA